AUGCGCGGCUCCGGCGAUAACAUUUUCCGCGCCCCGGAGUCGGGGGAGAGGGAUCUGGUGGACAAGAUCAAGAACCGCCGCAAGAAGUUCGAGCUCUACCAGUCCGAGUCGCACAAGAUGAAGUCGCUCAUGAUGAACAGCGCUGGCAUCCGCAGCGACAUCGCCACCGGCAACGGCAUGGCGCUGAACCCGAUUUGGACGAACUUCCCGACAAGGUGCGUCAAGCCCAUCACGUCCGUGGAGGAGAUGAAGAAGAAGCUGGACUACUUCUCAAAGACGGAUGAUGUGAUGGUGGUGCGCUAUCACCAGGACAACUGCACCGCGUGCAAUGCCGUGGACAAGGUUUUCGAGGUGCUCUGUCAUCAAGCCGCCACCCGCACGCCGGGGCUGAAGUUCUACGAUGUCAACCGUAACGACGUGCCGGAUUUGACCAAGGGUUUGGUGCGCUUCCCGCAGAUCAAGGGGUACAGCGGUGGGCAAUGGGCAGACAUCGACUUCAAGCCCCCGACGGCGUUCCGCGAGGAGCUGUACGCCGCCAUCGAGAAGGAGGUGAAGCGACUCAAGAACGAGGGCAAGCCGGUGACAGCGUUGCAGGCGGAGGAGAUGUACUUCUCCGGUGCCGGCCCGGCCAUGCUGGAGGUGACGGAGGAGCAGCUCAUGAGGUUCUACUGCAAGGCGCAGGUGCGACUCCACAACUACUGGAAGCAGGUGUCGAUGCGCCGCACCUGGUUCUAUCGCAAGUUCAUCGAGCCCGAGGUGGAAGAGCGCGUCAUGGAUGAGUGGCGUGCCCGGUCCGUCUUUGGCGAGAAAGUUGUACACGGUCCGCAGCCAUCAGACGAGUUUGCGUAG